CUUUGAAUGUAUGUAUCGCAUGUGUAUAAUAUUGUUAUAUCUUUGAAAGAAGUUAUUUAAGUGUUAUUUUUGUGAUGAAAUAGCUACUUUAUUGUUUUUUGAUAUACAGAAGUGUUUUCGUUUGAUAAAGAUAGCUCAUUGUCAACAUUUUUUACUACACGUGUACUAUUCUCGAGUUUCUAACCUUAUAAAAUCGGAAUAUUAUCAUUUCUAGUAUUACUUCACUUGGCUUCAAAAUAUCCUAAUGCAAUAAUGGCAGAUUAUAUGUCUGCGGAGUUAGCAGCUACUUGUGCUGCAUUGGGUUAUUACGAUGGAAAAAAAUAUUAUUUGGAUGAACAUUGUCUGGAUGUUAUUAAGGAUUUGAUAAAAUAUUUAAAAAGAGAUGAUGAUGCUCAUUCCAUACGUCGUUAUCUUGGCCAAACAAAAUUACUUCAAUCUGAUCUUUUAAAAAUUUUUAUACAACACUGUAAUAAACUUGAAUUAUGGGAUGUAUUAUUAAGGUUAAUUAUUAAUUUAACGAGUCCUGCCUUAUUAAUUUAUAAUGAACAAAUACCUAUGGACAAGACUAUGCGCAAUUUCUAUUUACAAAUUAUAUCACAUUUGCAAAGUUAUAAAAUAGCUUUAGCAGAUGAUCAAAUAUGGAUAAUAGUUAAUAAUCGCUUGACCAAUAUCUUCAGUAUCGAUAAUAUGGAAAGAGGAGAAGAAAAUGAGAUGAUUAUUGAAAGAAUUUUAGCAUUAAUCAGGAAUGUACUUCAAGUUCCUCCUGAUGAAAAUGAAAAGCGUACUGAUAAUGAUGCUACAGUUCAUGAUCAGGUAUUAUUUGCACUUCAUGCAUCUGGUAUUGUCGAUAUAUUACUCUUCAUUGCAAGUAGUGCUAAAGAACAACAAUAUCAUAUGCAGAUUUUAGAGAUCAUAUCAUUGAUGUUACGUGAUCAAAGUGCAAGUCAGUUGGCAUCAGCAGGUUUACAGCGUAGUACAAUAGAAAAGGAAAAGGAUGAAGCAUUGCUACUAUCUAUACGACAGAAAGAAAAAUUGGAAAAAUUUGAAAAAUUAAAGAAGUACGCCGGUGCUAGGCACUCGCGUUUCGGCGGUACCUAUGUGGUACAGAAUAUGAAGGCAAUCGGAGACAAUCAAAUGUUGUGUCACAAACCUUAUGAAAAAGUCGAGGCAGUCGAGUUCAAUUCCCAAAAGACGAAAGUAAAGAAACCGAAGAACAAAUUGCCGAUACAGGAUUCAACGAACCAACGAAGAUCAGCAUUGAGCAUAAGACUUUUCCUUAAAGAAUUUUGCGUGGAAUUUCUUAAUGGUGUAUACAAUCCAGUAAUGAGAUAUGCAAAGUCGUGCGUUAUCAGUGACGUUCAAUGUGAUACAACGGAGGGUAGUUGUUAUCUCUGGGCGUUACGUUUUUUCAUGGAAUUUAAUCGAUGUUACAAGUUUCAAGUAAAAUAUGUGAGCGAAACGAUAUCCACGGAAAUAUUUUAUAUAAUACAAAGACAAAUGGAUCAGUAUUAUGAGAUGAUCGUUACCGAUAAGAAGAGGAUACCGAUAUGGUCUUACAGAUUGCAUUUGGCUUUGAAAGCGUAUAAGGAACUCCUUUAUACCUUAAUGGCGAUGGAUAAAAGUCCGGAUCAAGAUAUAAGAGAAUCUAGUAAGGUCAUUAAAAGCAACGUGUUUUAUGUCCCGGAAUAUCGGGAAACGAUACUCUCUCAGCUUCUCAACUUCGAUGAAUUUAAGAUGUCACGGAAAUACCUGAUCGACCUAGUAACGACCACCCACAUUUUUCUGAAGAUGUUAGAACAGUUUUGCGCCAAGGGACAACGAAGUCUCAUCGUCCAGAAGUUAAAGAAGAAACGACACAAAAGUAAAAAGCAGAAAUCUAUAUCGCGGAAAGAAGAAACGUCUAACCCGAGCUUAGAAAAUCGUUGGGACGAUCUGGCACCGGAAUUAUCUGCGGUGAUGCAAGAUGGAGGCUCGAUGCCGGAAAUGAUACCGUUUGACGCGACACUCGAUACACCCGUUGACGAUCAAAAGAGCGAUGCAAUGAAGAGAAUUCAAAAGCUGUUACGAUUGAAGCAUUUUGAGAAUGCUGUUGGACUUCUGCGAGCUUGUCGAGAAGUCUGGCCGGAGAACGACUCCUUUGGAAGGGCUGAUAUACCGCCUGAGGAAGAAUUUCUAGCACUCCGCGAAAUCUUCUUUGCAGAUCUCGGUGUUCCAGAGAAUGACUUUCCUACGCAACAAACGAGUCUGGAGAAUAAUUUCGAAGAUAAUUUCGCUCGCAACGAUGAAUACGAGGAAGAUGAAGAGGAUGAUCACGAAGAUGACGUGAUUGAAGAAACGGAUUUUAAAUUAAACGAAUUUGUGCAAAGAUUUGCAAAUAUAAAGAUCGUUAAAGCGUUGGCCAUUCUUCUGCAACAAUUCGAUAAGAAUACUAACGAGGUCAAUCAUUACGUGACGAAAAUGUUACACAGAAUCACUUGGGAGUGUAAAAUGCCUGCUAUGAUUUUUCAAGCAUCGAUAUUUCGAACAUUUCAAAAGAUUCUCGCGUCGAAAUAUCCUGAGCACAAGGAGCUUCAAAAGUUCGCAAUCUUCAUAAUCCGUCGUUUCAUCGAAGUCGCGCAGAAGAACCGGAAGUCGUAUAUGGAGUUACUCUUCUGGAAGAACACGCGCGACGCGACGCAAAUCGUCGAGGGUUACAAUACCGAGACGGAUAAGAAGAAAGUUUCGCGUGGUGUUUGGACGGAGGAGGAGGAGGACGAGUUACGAACCCUCUUCAUGGAGCAUCAGACUAACAAGCCUUCGGAAGAUCUGGUCGAUUGGAUACUCGAGAGACUCAUCAACGAAACUCGCACGCGUCGUGGGGUUAUUAAGAAACUAAAAGAGAUGUGCUUAGUCGUCAAUUCCAAGGCUGUAAGAAAUGAGGUACAGAAGAGACUGCCCAAGGAAUGGUCCGAGGAAGAGAUCGCUCAACUCACGGAACUUUGGGAACAGCUGAGAGAGGAUGAAGAUCCAGUGGAACUUAUUUUCAACGGGUUAAGAAUAAAGCGGACAAAAUCGAAGAUCAAAGAAAAGCUUUUAGAAUUAGGACUAGUCAAGGAUCCAAGGGAGCUGUACAAAAAGCGAUCUAGAAAAAGCAAUCACGGAAAAUCGUCGUGGGAAACACAGUCUGGCAGUAAUUCUGACGAGGAGGAUCGGGACUCCGAGGAAGAAAGUACAAAAUCCUCGGGGCGUAACGACGUGGCUCGAAGUAAACCAACGAAAAAGAGAACGACGACGACGACGACGACGACGACGACGACGAAGAGGAUGACGAAGCAAGAAGGAAGGUCGAGAAGGAAGCGAGACCAAAAGACGUUCCUUUACACGGAUGCACAAUUAUCUGGACUCUUGAAGGACGUCAUCGAAGGAAAUAUGAAGGAGUCGUUGGAAUGGAUCAAGGAAUCCUUAGAAGAUGCUUUGGAAGAUCGGGACGAGGAAAGCUCAGAAGGAAUUCCCUUGGUACCGUUGACAGACUAUUCGUCAGAUGCAAUGGAAUCGAGCAGUUUCCAAAAAUUACUACGUGCUAUGGGGAUAGUACCACCAGCGGACGAACAGGAAACCUAUUGGCGAAUUCCAGCGAACAUGCUCGCUUCUACCAUACGAAAACGAUGUGAUCUUAUUGCCAAUUCGUUGCAAGGGAAAUUCAUUAUCGAAGAAGUUCCGUCUGUGAACAAUGUCGACGGUAAUAAAAAUGAUCCAACCGAUGAAAGUGACGACGACGACGACGACGACGAAGACGUAUUGGAAAAUGUAAAAAGAUUUUUCGCGACUAAAGAACCUGUACCAUCGACCUCAAGAGAAUCAAAUGUACCGUUGGACACGGAAAAAUCUGAAAAGUCGAAUAAACGUGAUAUAAAAGCUGACGACACCAUCGUGCCACUGGAAGAGGGGAAUGAAGAGAAUCAGGAAGAAACGGGGAGUAAUUUCCAAGCAAUCGAAAAUGUAAAAAGAGUUUCUAAAGGUCGUCUCAAGAUACUUUUGGAUUCGUCGGAAUCUGAAUCAGAAAUCGAAAGGAAGGCAAAUGAAUCAGAAGACGAAGGUAAGAGAAAUAGAAGUGAAACCUCCGACGUGGAAAUUCCAUUAAGCAAGAGGCCACGUUUAUUGGAUAGCGACGAAGAUUCUGAUGAACCGUUCAAAGUAAAAACUUCUAAAAAAUCUAAAAUUACUACUAUAUCCAACAACGAGGAAGAUAAUCCAGAAGAAGAAAUUUCGACUCGCAACAAAUCUAUGUCCUCUCGAAUAAUCGAUAGCGACGAGGAGGAAAGCAUGACGGAAAAAAAAGGAAAUUCGAAGCCUACUCGAAAGAUAAUAAGCGACGACGAGGAAGACUAUUAACGUUCAAGAUAUAAAUUUAAUCAACAACGUUCUAAAUCAACAACGCUUUUGUGUUACUAUGUGAUCGUAUAAAUUUUCAUAUAUAUAUUAUUUCUUAAAAACGAUACUCAAUGAUAAUCGCAAGGUCUGCGUUAACUACUUUACCCGUUUGGCAAGAUAAGGUAGGUUCCUACAUGAUCUUUAUUUCGAAAUUAUUUGUUCUAACCUCUUUCCUUUACCCGAGAACUUUUGUACGAUCUCCUGGAGGAGUACGAAUUACGAUGUCCUUUUUACGUUGGCCUUCGAAACGAGCGAUCGUUUACACCCGGGUUACACUUCAGGGUGCCAAGAAAAACAGUUCUCGAAAGGCGUCCACAUUUCGCCAAGUAACGACGAAGAGAACAUGCGAGCGUGGUGGUGGCGCUGCGAUCGUCACCGUGUAUGUAUAUAUACAUACAUAUUAUACACGGCGUAGUAGAGUCGGUGUAGUAGCUUACUAGAGCCCAUUAUCGAUAUAUAUACGUAGAAGGGAGAGGGAAACGAAGUCGUUUAACUUCCUCGCUCGCAUGUUAGCCGAGUAACCGAUUGGCCAAUGUGGAUGACUUUACGUCUUUUGAUGGGCAGGGUGGACUAUUUCCUGGUUCUCCAAGCAAAAGUCCAACUUCAACGACGGUUGCCUGUGCAGGUGGUUCUUCCCGGGUUCUUCUAAUUUCUUCUGCGACGACGCUAAGUACGA